ACUGCGCGUGCGUCGUGCUGUGGGAUUCGCGGACCCUUCUGGCCGCGCUCUGUUUCACCGCUCCCGGGCUGGGACUUGGAGUCCCUUAUCUUUCCCCGGUUUGGUACAUGACCCGGAAGCCUCGGCUGGCCGCCGCGUCAUCCAUGGCGCCGGCGCAGAGCGAGAAGGAGGUGGGAACGCCGUGAAGCAAGAGCGGUCGGCAGAGCGGGGAGGCGAACUGCAGCAGAGUUCUUGCUUUCCGGCAGGUGAUGGCGCCCCCCGCGGCCUAGAGGUCCAGCGCCCGCCGCGAGCAGCGGACAGUCCUCCUGUUGUGUCCGACCGAGAGUCCUGGUGACUUUGAACAUGCUGGUGCCGUUAGCCAAGCUGUCCUGCCUGGCAUAUCAGUGCUUUCAUGCCUUAAAAAUUAAGAAAAAUUAUCUACCUCUAUGUGCUACAAGAUGGUCUUCAACUUCUGCUGUGCCUCGAAUUACUACCCAUUAUACUAUUUAUCCCCGGGAUAAGGACAAGAGAUGGGAAGGAGUGAACAUGGAAAGGUUUGCAGAAGAAGCAGUUGUUGUAAUAGUUGGUGCAGGCCCUGCAGGGCUCUCUGCAGCUGUUCGUCUAAAACAGUUGGCUGCGGCACAUGAAAAGGACAUCCGUGUGUGUCUAGUGGAGAAAGCUGCCCAGAUAGGAGCUCAUACUCUCUCAGGGGCUUGCCUUGAUCCAGGUGCUUUUAAAGAACUCUUCCCAGACUGGAAAGAGAAGGGGGCUCCACUUAACACUCCUGUAACAGAAGACAGAUUUGGAAUUUUAACAGAGAAAUAUAGAAUUCCUGUGCCAAUUCUUCCAGGGCUUCCAAUGAAUAAUCAUGGCAAUUACAUUGUACGCUUGGGACAUUUAGUGAGCUGGAUGGGCGAACAAGCAGAAGCCCUUGGUGUUGAAGUAUACCCUGGUUAUGCAGCUGCUGAGGUCCUUUUUCAUGAUGAUGGUAGUGUAAAAGGAAUUGCCACUAACGAUGUAGGGAUACAAAAGGAUGGUGCACCAAAGGCAACAUUUGAGAGAGGACUGGAACUACAUGCUAAAGUCACAAUUUUUGCAGAAGGUUGCCAUGGACAUCUAGCCAAGCAACUAUAUAAGAAGUUUGAUUUGAGAGCAAAUUGUGAACCUCAAACCUACGGGAUUGGACUGAAGGAGUUAUGGGUUAUUGAUGAAAAGAACUGGAAACCUGGGAGAGUAGAUCACACUGUUGGUUGGCCCUUGGACAGACAUACCUAUGGAGGAUCUUUCCUCUAUCAUUUGAAUGAAGGUGAACCCCUAGUAGCUCUUGGUCUUGUGGUUGGUCUAGACUAUCAGAAUCCAUACCUGAGUCCAUUUAGAGAGUUCCAAAGGUGGAAACACCAUCCUAGCAUUCGGCCAACCUUGGAAGGUGGAAAAAGGAUUGCAUACGGAGCCAGAGCUCUCAAUGAAGGUGGCUUUCAGUCUAUACCAAAACUCACCUUUCCUGGUGGUUUACUAAUUGGUUGUAGUCCUGGUUUUAUGAAUGUUCCCAAGAUCAAAGGUACUCACACAGCAAUGAAAAGUGGAAUUUUAGCAGCAGAAUCUAUUUUUAAUCAACUAACUAGUGAAAAUCUCCAAUCAAAGACAAUAGGACUCCAUGUAACUGAAUAUGAGGACAAUUUGAAGAACUCAUGGGUAUGGAAAGAGCUAUAUUCUGUUAGAAAUAUAAGACCGUCCUGCCACGGAGUACUGGGUGUUUAUGGAGGGAUGAUUUACACUGGAAUCUUUUACUGGAUAUUGAGAGGAAUGGAGCCAUGGACUCUGAAACAUAAAGGUUCUGACUUUGAACGGCUCAAGCCAGCCAAGGAUUGCACACCUAUUGAGUAUCCAAAACCCGAUGGACAGAUCAGUUUUGACCUCUUGUCAUCUGUGGCUCUGAGUGGUACUAAUCAUGAACAUGACCAGCCGGCACACUUAACCUUAAGGGAUGACAGUAUACCUGUAAAUAGAAAUCUGUCAAUAUAUGAUGGGCCCGAGCAGCGAUUCUGUCCUGCAGGAGUUUAUGAAUUUGUACCUGUGGAACAAGGUGAUGGAUUUCGGUUACAGAUAAAUGCUCAGAACUGUGUACAUUGUAAAACAUGUGAUAUUAAAGAUCCAAGUCAGAAUAUUAACUGGGUGGUACCUGAAGGUGGAGGAGGACCUGCUUACAAUGGAAUGUAAACGGCAGCUAGCCAGUUUCUUUCAAGUAUGGCAAGAUAACGUUAAAAUGUUUAGAGAUUAACAGAUUUCAGAAUGUCUUUCUGCAUAUUACUGAACAGAAUAGUCACAAAAUGAUUAUCAAAUAAAAAUUUUAUACUAUA